GUGUUGGGAUUGCGUAGAUCUAAGGCCCCCCCUUUUUGGAGGAAAGCUUUUCUUAUUCAAAACAGCAUCACAAUGGGCUUCACAUUGAGCCUUGCCACAUCCCCAUCUGAGUAGCAGCCAUUCAUCAGGCUGGCUGGCCUAUCAAUGACAUUUCUCCCAUCAGGGCUUCUAUAAAAUGAUGCUUUUUCCCAUGAAACAUCCGCAAACAUUUUGACGGGUCUGGCUUUGCCCCGCUGGAUUACGGAGUGUCCCUCUCUCCCGCUCUACACCCCCCCUCCCCAACUAUCUGCCUCUGUCCUCUCUCCCCACCCCCUCGCCGCCACCCUGCUCCCUCUCCCCUGCGUAUCUCUGAGACAGGGGCUCUGCACAGCCCGGGACCUUGGGGCUCCCGUCCGUCCAUGGGAAGAGCAUGCAUUGCGGGUUGCUGGAGGAACCCGAUAUGGACUCCACAGAGAGUUGGAUUGAACGAUGUCUCAAUGAAAGUGAAAACAAACGUUAUUCCAGUCACACCUCUCUGGGGAAUGUUUCUAAUGAUGAAAAUGAGGAAAAAGAAAAUAAUAGAGCAUCAAAACCGCAUUCAACUCCAGCUACACUGCAAUGUUCUCUCUGUUUGAUAUUUGCUUUUUAAGGCUGGAGGAGAAUUAUGAGAUUGCAGAAGGUGUUUGCAUUCCUCGAAGUGCUCUCUACAUGCAUUACUUGGACUUCUGUGAGAAAAACGACACACAACCUGUUAAUGCUGCCAGUUUUGGGAAGAUAAUAAGACAACAGUUUCCACAACUAACGACAAGAAGACUCGGAACCAGAGGCCAAUCAAAGUACCAUUAUUAUGGGAUUGCAGUGAAAGAAAACUCCCAGUAUUAUGAUGUGAUGUAUUCUAAAAAAGGAGCAGCCUGGGUCAAUGAGACGGGAAAAAAAGAAGUAACCAAACAGACAGUGGCGUAUUCACCACGAUCCAAACUGGGAACAUUGCUGCCAGAGUUUCCAAAUGUCAAAGAUCUAAAUCUGCCAGCCAGUCUGCCAGAGGAGAAGGUUUCUACCUUUAUUAUGAUGUAUAGGACUCACUGUCAGAGGAUACUAGACACUGUAAUAAGAGCAAACUUUGAUGAGGUUCAAAGUUUUCUCCUGCACUUUUGGCAAGGGAUGCCUCCUCAUAUGCUGCCCGUACUGGGUUCUUCAACUGUAGUGAAUAUAGUGGGAGUUUGUGACUCAAUUCUGUACAAGGCAAUUUCUGGAGUUUUGAUGCCAACGGUACUACAAGCCUUACCUGACAGUUUGACGCAGGUGAUCCGAAAGUUUGCAAAGCAACUGGAUGAAUGGCUGAAAGUAGCUCUCCAUGAUUUACCAGAAAACCUACGAAAUAUCAAAUUUGAAUUGUCCAGAAGAUUCUCACAAAUACUACGGCGACAGACAUCACUAAAUCAUCUCUGCCAAGCAUCAAGAACAGUGAUCCACAGUGCAGACAUCACAUUUCAAAUGCUGGAGGACUGGAGGAAUGUGGAUCUGAAUAGCAUUACCAAACAAACCCUCUAUACUAUGGAGGACUCACGGGAGGAACACAGAAAACUCAUCAUACAAUUGUAUCAGGAGUUUGAUCACCUUUUGGAGGAGCAGUCCCCCAUUGAGUCAUACAUCGAGUGGCUGGAUUCCAUGGUGGACAGAUGUGUUGUAAAGGUAGCUGCCAAGAGACAAGGCUCUUUGAAGAAAGUAGCUCAGCAGUUUCUCCUGAUGUGGUCCUGUUUUGGCACUCGAGUGAUCCGGGACAUGACUUUGCACAGUGCACCCAGCUUUGGGUCUUUUCACCUUAUUCACUUGAUGUUUGAUGACUACGUAUUGUACCUGCUAGAAUCACUCCAUUGUCAGGAGAAAGCAAAUGAGCUAAUGAGGGCAAUGAAGGGAGAAGGAAGCACAGCAGAAAUACGAGAAGAAAUUAUUCUCAGUGAACCAGCUGCUCCAACUCCCUCCCCAGCACCAUUCUCCCCAGCUAAAUCUGCCACCUCCGUGGAAGUGCCCUCUGCCCCAUCACCUGUCAACAACCAGUCCCCAGAGUAUGGUGGCAUAACAGCUACUACAGGGGCUAUGCAAUCCUACACAUGGUCGCUCACCUACACUGUGACAACAGCUGCUGGGUCACCUGCUGAGAAUUCCCAACAGCUGCCCUGCAUGAGGAGCCCACACGUACCUUCAUCAUCUGUCACACACCGGAUACCUGUUUAUCCCCACAGAGAAGAACAUGGAUACACAGGAAGUUACAACUAUGGUAGCUAUAGCAACCAGCAUCCCCAUCCAAUGCAGAGUCAGUAUCCAUCCUUACCACAUGAUACUGCUAUUUCUGGACCACUUCACUACUCAGCUUACCAUAGAAGCUCUUCACAGUACCCCUUCAGUGGCCCAACAUCAAGAAUGGAGCCCUGUUUGAUGAGCAGUACUCCCAGGCUGCAUACCACACCAGUGACUCCACGCUGGCCAGAGGUCCCAGCUGCCAACUCCUGCUACACAAGCUCCUCCAUGCACUCCACGAGAUACGGCAAUUCCAGUGACAUGUAUGCGCCCUUGACAACACGCAGGAAUUCUGAGUACGAGCACAUGCAACACUUUCCAGGCUUUGCAUACAUCAAUGGGGAAGCCACUACAGGUUGGGCUAAAUAAAGAUGACUGGUAUCAGCUGAGCCCACACACUUACAAGAGUUACAAAAGCUUCAUGCCAUGUGGGACUUUUUGUGGAUGUUCUUCAAGGAAGGUGAAAAUGGAAAAUAUCCUGGGCAGAUAAAUAUAGUUCCUAACAUGGGCAGAUUGCAGACCACUAUGACCGAAUGCUCCUGUAGCUGAAAAAUACUUUUGUGCUGUUCUAGACCACUUUUUGGGCCGAUCGGUGCCUUUUUUAAUUCUGGGAGAACCCUGUGUGCUCUAAGUUUGAGUGAGCCAGUUUUACCCCCUCUCUUAUUGACAAACAUUAAUGAGUCUUACAAAAAAUGUACUGAAACAGGAGCUAUUUAUAAUUUGAAUUAAAGACAGGAAAUUUGCCCUCAGCAAAACUCCGUCAUCUGUUCUUUUAAGCUCUUAAUGCAUUCCUUAAAAACCAUUCUGCCAAGUCAUCACUUACUCAUAUCAAUUCUUCUAUCUGGUUCCUUAAAAGGACAUGUGUUGCUGUAGGUUUUAGUUUACACCUAACUUUGUACAUUGAUGCACCUUUCUGUUGAUCUAGUAAGUCUGAUCUUUACAAAAGAGAAGAAAAGACAUGUAGCAUUGAAUUAUACACUGCCUUAAGUUGACUGUUGUUCUUAUUAUAUAUGUAUUUGUGUUGAGUUUGCACAAUCUGGAAAAAUCUAACUUCUCUGGUUAGUAAUGACAAGGUAAGAAGGGACUUGGGACUGGGAAGAUUUUGGAUUCAGAGCCACGUAUGUUAAAUAUGAUGAUAUGAAGCAAUUAUAUAAAGAAAAUGACAAUGCAAACAUGAUUAUUUGCUUAAUUAUCUAUUGUCAGAUAUGAAACUGUUCUCUCAAUUCCUUCACGUGGUGAUAAUUCUCUAUACGUCUAUAAAAGCAAAAUUCAAAGCUGUGCCUUUGAAGUUAUUCUGUACUGUGUAUGUGUGGAAAAAUGUAUUGUAUUUUGGGGAGAAUUUUUCUUAGACAUUUUCCUUCAGAUUUGUAGCUAUUUGUGAGUUUUUGUUAGUUUUUAUUAACAUAGCUUUUUCUUCUGUAUUAUAAAAUGCACCAAGCAAUUAUGGUGGACCUAUUACCCUAUGGGUAAGAAAUAAAUAAAUGGAAAUAUGACAACAGGCAUUUUAGUAGUUGUUUUGUAAAUGAAAUCUUUGAUAGCACCCAGUGUGACAAUAACCAUGUUUAUGUCUAAAAUGGACAUAAGUGUUAUUUGUACAGUUGUGCAAGGUAUAUGAGGGAUUUUCACACCCAAAUAAAGUUCUUGAAAAUAAAUAGAUUCCAGUUAAAUUUACUUAAAUACAAAAAUUUCUACAAGCUCCAGACCUUCAAAAAAUGUUAGACGUCAUCAUGCUUUUAUUCAAGGAAGGACUUGAGAACAGGUACAAUUCAUGGCAAAUGGGUGAUGCACCUCCACUUGCCUGAUGGACUGGUGAUCAUGA